UCGUUUCAUGUGUCGUUUUGUGGUUCUAUGACCAACAAGCCACACGUCGUUUUGAAGCAGUGACCGACCGUGCAUCCCUUUGUAGUUUGAAGCGCUCAACACGCGCAACGACGAUGAUGCAAACCAACAUCACCACCACAAUCCUCAUCGCGUUCUCUUCGGUCAAUUCCUCGAAUGUUCUACCUUGAGCCAUGUCCAACCCCGUUCAGAUUCGCGUCGCCGCCGACGCAGGCGACGGCUUCGACUCUCCGGCGAAGCAGAAAGCCGCCAACCGCAGCGCCUACAGCAUUCGCCCCUUUCUCUACCUCCGCCGCGCCAAACAGUUCCUCGGCGCCGCCAAGUUCAAGCUCUUCUUAGUUCUAUUUGCUCUCUCCGUCAUCGUUUUCGUCUCCUCCAGACUCAGUUCGUGGAUGGGAUGGAACCCUCACCAAUCCUCUUCGGUUUCUUCCACUUCAAGGGGUGGUUAUACUGUGCUUAUAAACACUUGGAGGCAAAAAUCUCUUCUGAAGCAAACUGUUGCUCAUUAUUCAUCAUGUCAAAGUGUGGAUGCAAUACAUUUGGUGUGGAGUGAAAGUGAACAACCAUCCGAGAAGCUGAAAACAUAUCUGAAUAAGAUUGUGGUUUUGAAGUCUCAGAAAGCUCACAAGCCAAACUUUAGAUUUGACAUCAAUGCAGAUGGUGAGCCAAACAGCAGGUUUAAGCCAAUAAAGGACCUCAAGACAGACGCAAUUUUCUCAGUUGAUGAUGAUGUGGUUGUUCCAUGUUCUACUCUAGAUUUUGCUUUCUCUGUCUGGCAAAGUGCACCAUUUACGAUGGUUGGAUUUGUUCCUCGAAUGCACUGGCUGGAUAAGGAGCAAAAUAAUGCUGCAUAUUACAGGUAUGGAGGAUGGUGGUCUGUUUGGUGGAUGGGCACUUAUAGCAUGGUUCUCUCAAAGGCUGCAUUCUUUCACAGGAAAUACUUGGAUUUAUAUACUCAUGAGAUGUCUCCAUCAAUUCAGGACUAUGUUUCCAGGGAGAGAACUUGUGAAGACAUUGCAAUGUCCCUUUAUGUUGCUAAUGCUACAAGUGGUCCUCCAAUAUGGGUGAAAGGCAAAAUCUAUGAGAUUGGUGCAUCGGGUAUUAGCAGUCUGAGAGGGCAUAGCAACAGGAGAAACAAAUGUCUCAAUGACUUGAUAUCACUAUACGGAACUCUUCCACUUGUGUCAACUAAUGUGAAAGCAGUUAGUGCUAGAAAAGAAUGGUUAUGGUAGUGUUGUUAUUUCAUUAAUCAGGAACCGAUCCAUUCCUCUCACCUAGGAAAAAUAUGAACAGAACUUAAUUGCCUGCAUAUGUGUUGUAUAUAUAACACUUCUACUAAAGUGACUCACUAGGUUUUGAUUCAUUGAUGUCUGACGCAAAACAUGAUGUAUACAAUCAACAUUCAUAUUUUGAAACACAUACAGUAUAACAAACAA